AAUAUGUUGAGCAAAACUGCACCUCUUCUUCUUCUACUUCUAGCUUCUUGCGUGGCACUGUGCUCCGCAGAUUGCACAGUAGCCUACAAAUCAAUAUUGAAUGCUCAACUGACGGAAAGUUUGGCGAAUGGAUGUGAGCCUGGCUGGAAGUUUUUUAACCGGCCAUCCGGAGGAUGGUGCAUGAAGGUGAUCAAUGAGUAUAAGGGAGCAAAAGCUGAAGCAGAGAAGGAGUGUAAAGCCGUGGGAUCUACACUUUCUGGAAUUCAGAAUAAGGCAGAGGCUUCGUAUAUUCAAUCUGCUCUCCUCGCCCAACUUCCAGCUUCAGUGAACAGUGGCUCUCUAUGGGUUGGAAUUCAGAGAGUCAAAAAGUGCUUGGCACAAAAACUAUCAGCCACAUGCUCAGCCCGCACCGCCUUCCAAUACACUGAUGGAUCAGUGACCGGCACUGACGGAUUUGUCUUCCAGAAGGGGCAGCCAGAUAACAUGUACGGCAAACAGAACUGUGCGAUUUUCCUGGCCUCCAGGACACCUACUAUUGUGAGUGGAAGCUUUUUCGCUGGAACACUGGAUGAUACGGGUUGCGAGGGAAGGAUCAAGAAUGAGAAUCCACGUGUCAUGCGUGGAUACAUUUGUGGAAAGAAGGCUGCUAAAUGAUUAUCUUUCAUUUUGACUCGAAUAAAACAAUUUCAUUAUGAA